ACUGUGUCUCCUGUAGGGGGCAGUUAUAACAGAUGAAGUGUUGGAGCUGGAUUAGACGAGGAAGCAGUAAAGGAUUGUGGGUAGGUUCUGGUUGUGUUGCCGCACGUUGACAUUGGGGACUGGGGUUGAAUCGUGUGAACAGAAAAGAGCAGGACAUCAGGAUGGGUGGCUCAGUGUCCAGUCCUGCUGCUACUGUUAAAGCAGAGGCUCAUUUAGGCAGCAGUGUUCCUCCACAGGGAUGUCCAAUGCACCAGGCACGCCAGGAAAGUGCUCCUCCAUCUGAGUGCCCCAUGCAUCAGGCUGAGUCUCAGACCGCAGCUCCAGCAGGUCCAGCGCACCAGGAGAGGGCCUACGAGUUUGUGGAGUGCCCCAUGAAAGCUGCAGAAGGAAUGAAUGACAUUGAUCCAACAAACAUGAUGCCACCACCAAACCAACAGCCAGCUACUGAUCAGCCUUUCCCCCUGCCAGUUAACAGAGAGGAGUCCACAAUUCCUAGAUUUGGAUCAGAUAAAAACUGGGUGUAUCCCUCAGAGCAAAUGUUCUGGAAUGCCAUGUUGAGAAAGGGGUGGCGUUGGAAGGAUGACAGUCUUGCCCCUGAUGACAUGACGAACAUCAUCAAAAUCCAUAACCGCAACAAUGAACAGGCCUGGGAGGAGAUCCUUAAGUGGGAGGCUUUACAUGCUAGUGAAUGUCCAUGUGGCCCAUCUUUGAAAAGGUUUGGUGGUAAAGCGAAGGAAUAUUCACCCAGAGCAAGGAUACGUCACUGGAUGGGAUAUGAACUACCCUUCGACCGACAUGACUGGAUAGUGGAUCGUUGUGGAAAGGAAGUCCGGUAUGUGAUUGACUAUUAUGAAGGAGACCUUGAUAAAAACACAUAUCAGUUCUCUAUCUUGGAUGUGCGUCCUGCGGUUGACUCUCUUCAAGCGGUGUGGGACAGAGUAAAGGUGGCCUGGUGGCGAUGGACAUCUUAAACUCCUGAAAAGCUCAUAUGGACAAUUCUCCUAUAUGUAAAUACAAUUUGAAUGUUGAUGUAGACAUAUGCAAAUGUACUCCACACACUGAUCACAAUACAAGAUAAUGAAAGCUCGUUGUAUGCAGAUGCAACCGAAAUUUCAAUUCUGAUCAUUUGGAAUCACAUGUAUUUACCCCUCCCAUCAUUUUUAUUUAUUUUGUUUUUAGUGGCAUUAUAAUCACAAGAAAUGUUACACCCCAGAUGCUGAAUAUGCAUUCUGUUAUAAUUACUAAAUCCUCCUGUACUAAGAUGAUUUAAAGUUAAUAAAAACUGAUUUUUCAAGGUUUAUAAGUUAAACAAGUACGCAAAGGGAAAUACCAUAAAGUCUAAAGCAGGUUUUUUAAUAAUUUGCUCUAAAUUAAAAUCUGCCAGGAUUUUUUUUGCUGUUGUGUUUUGAGCUGCUACACUUUCUGCCUGUGAACUGUUUCUUUGGCAAAUGAUUUUCAACUGAUUUUGAAAUAAUGAUAUACAGGUUAGUGUGUCUUUAUGUGUAUUUUUAACGGCUAGUGUAUUUUAGUUAAUUAUGCUGUCCAUAUGAUUGUGGUUUGCUGGACCACUUUUAUUUCUGGAUUUUUCAAACCAAUUAAAAUGAAACUGGAUUACAAACA